UUUUCUCUUGAAACCUGUGUCUAACUGUUGCCCGCCCCCAUCUGCUUCAUUCGUGCAUCGGUGCUCAUGUGCCCAGGCCAUCGAGAGCUUUGCUGUGAUGGUGAAGGAGAUCGCUCAGAUGCUGCAGGCAUUUGGAACAGACCUGGCUGAAGCUGAACUGCCUGAUAACUUGCAUUCUGUUGAGGACUUACUUAUCGCCAGAACUGAGAAAUAUAAUCAGCUCAAGAAUGAUGUUCAGAGGGUGAUUAAGGAGGGUGACCUACUCCUGACCAACCUCAUGGAGCCUGAUAGUAAUGCACAGUUUAUGUUGGAGAAGGAUGGAGACCGAGCAACAGUGAAAAGGCUCCUCGCCCAGCUGCAUGAGAUGGAGAUGGCUUUUGAUGGCUUUUGGGAAAAACAUCUGCUUAAACUUGAACAGUGUCUUCAGCUGUGGAGAUUUGAACAAGCUUUCAAAGAGGUAAAGGCUGCUUUGGAUUAUUUAGCAUCCGAGGGAGGAGAUAUCCCAGAAACUGGUGACAAUGUGACUCACUCGGAACAAGCUCUUCGAGAGCUGAGCAACUUUGAUGAACAGUCUCAGGAACUAAUUGGAAACGCCCAGCUCCUGCUCUCACAAGGAGAUCAGUUGAUUUCCAAUCACCAUUACGCAGAGGAUUUAAUCCGCGAGAAAUGCAAGGAACUCCGCCACUGCUGCGAUGAUUUGAUCGAUGAAAUGAGGAGCAAAUACGUCACCCUUAAUAAGUCAUUGGAGCUUCACACCCAGCUGCAGCAGGGUCUGCAAUGGUGUGACGAAGGUGCUUAUCUCCUUGCCUCUCAGCGCAUGGACAAGUGUCAGUCACAGGAAGGAGCAAAGAGAGCGUUGCAAGAAAUCGAGAAAUUUCUGGAAAGCUCUGAAGACUACCGACAGUGUGAUACUGACGAGUUGUACAGUGAAUUUGGGCUCAUUCUCACGACACCCAUUAAGGCCCAGAUCCAGAUGGUUCAUGAGAAGUUGGAAAAUGUGCGCGCAAUGUUUGAGCAGCGACAAUUGUCCCUGAGGAAACUGGUUGUCAAACAGGACCGUCCUGUUCAACCAGUAGCGCCACGGCCAGAAACCUCUGCUUUAUCGUUAAAGAGCCCUUUCUACUCACCAAAACAGGCAGUGGAUUCGAGUUCUGGAUCGAAAUUCCCAUUUGAUAUUUCCCUGUAUGGAAAAAGAAGUUCCAGAAAACCGCAGAAUGCAAAGAAGGUAAUUUGUGGCAUAACAACAAGAACACCGAUGAAAUAA